CGGGGGAGCGAUGUGCUGCGCUGGAGCCCGCAGGAAGAAAUUGGUUGCAGGAAGGGGCUGAGCUGGUUGGGGGGACCACCGAGGGGCGGUUUGGUCAGUCCCUCCACUCAUGCCAAGCGCGCGCGCCUCCUCCCCCCCCCCACCCACCCUCCCCCUCACCUCACAUCACAUCGCAUGGGGUUUUGGUGCAAUUCCAUUCAAUCUCUGUUCACCAACUGGACUCUCCUCCACUCUGCGCCCACCACACUCCCACCAGCUGUGUCGUGCGAAAACUUCCAACUCUUGGUGCGAUCAGAGUUCGAAGGGCGCUGACACAUUUCUUUGCCAAUGCUGGCUCUGCGACAGGUGAUUGACGUAGAUGCGAAGCACCCUUGCUAACGACUGUCUUCGGCCGUCGAUGGACCAAUGUACGUGCAAACACGACACAUGUGUUGAACGCUAGAGUCUAGGUGACGGUGACGGUGACGCACUUCCACUGCAGUCAUACGAUACCGCACACUGGCUGAUGCGAUAUUCACAUCACGUUAGGAGUUGUAAACUGUACUCUGAACUUGUACAGUCUCAGAAAUACGGAAGAGCGAGAAAGCACAAAUUGCUUCGCGAAAACAUUUCUGUAUAUACACACACUCAUUCGCCUGUCACCGCGUUGCAAGGUGAAGGUAUGGCAGAGGUGCGGCCUUUCGGCGGUCAAUAGUCGAGGGACCUCGGACACUCCAUCAGCUUUGUUGCGCGACGUUCACUGCAGACGACGCAGCGAGUCGUCAUCGAGUCGCCAUCGAGUAGCCUCGAGAGUUUCGUCCUCCGCCGCACGAUGGGUCGGACGAUGGCUCCCCGAUGGACGGUCAGAUCUCAGCGCCGUCGCGGGACGACUCGCAGCCGUCGCAGCGAGCGACAGCUGUCGCACAGUUGGGUCGUCGUCGCGUUGGCGCUGCUGGCUCUCGCGAUCCGGCCGCUGGAAGGCGCCUCGAGCACGGGAUUCGCGAAUCACUGGACACGUGGCUCCCGCCUCUACUCUCACCUCCCUCGCCACAAGGACCCCACUUCCGCGUCGCUCCACUCAUCCUCGUUACAGUCCAUCCCGCACAACGCCGCACCCGCAUCGCCACGCAGUGCACCCGCCUCCUCUCCCCCAUCCGCCCUCCACUCCGCCUCCCCCGCCACCGCCAACUCGCGCCGCUCCUCCGCCACCCCCGCGCUCCCCAUCUACCUUCCGCUCGCCCUCUCCUCCGCGCGCUCCCCGCCAUCCUCCGCCUCCGCCCCCGCGUGGCGCAGCCGCGUUGCGCUCUCGAAGGACCCGUCCGCGGGCGGCGGGAGAGUGGAGGUGAAAUCGAAGGCCAAGGGCAAGGGGAAGGUGAAACUGCCGGGAUCCGCGCCGUCCGUUCUGAGUGCUGCAGACCGCGGCAUGCUGUUGACCCGAAUGAACGACGCGAGGCUAGCAGUCCCCUCUGCCAGCCUGUCAGUGCUGACGUGGAAUGACGCCUUGGCCAGCUCAGCGCAGCAGCAAGCAGCCAAUCAGACAGCAGCACUGUGUGCCGCCCCUCUCGACGCCUUCGGCUCGGCCCUCCCGUUCGUCAUGACUGCAUUCCCUAUGGGGGUUCCAGCUCAGGCACAGAAGAUCGGUACUGCGAAUGGCAGUGCGAGCAGCAGUGCGUACGGCAUGGGGUGGUACGGGUUUGAGUCUGCUGCUGCCUCGCCUGCCGGCAACACUCCCUCUGAUGCCGUCAACGCGUGGCUCUAUGAGAAACAGAACUAUGAUUCAGCUGCUGACACGUGUGCAGCAGGGGAGCAGUGCAGCAACUACCGCCAGAUUAUCUGGAAGGCUGCGACUGCAGUGGGGUGUGGCAUGGUAGCUUGUUCCGAGGCCAAGGCGCCAGCGCCCACCUCCCUCUUCUCCCUCCUCUGCCUCUUCGACUCAAAAGCUUCUUCCUCUCAACACCCCUGGCUCGCCUCCCCCUCUCCCCCUCCCUCACCACCCUCCCCUCCCCCCUCUCCCCCUCGCUCCCCCAACCCCCCACCAUCCCCACCUCCCCCCCGUCGCCCCCCUCCCUCUCCCCCUCUCCGCUCUCCUCCCAGUCCUCCCCCCCCUGCACGCUCCCCCCCGCCCCGCCCCCCUCCCCCUGUGCUGCGGCCGCCCUCCCCUCCCCCCCCUUCCCCUCCCCCUGCCCGGGGCGCUUCUGUGCUGGCGGGAGGAGCAAGGGGAGAACUGCUGGCGCUGGUGAAUAGAGAGAGGGCGGCUGCCAGCCUGUCAGCGAUUACGUGGAGCGACGCAUUGGCCAGCUCAGCACAGCAGUGGGCGGCCAAUCAGACAGCAGCACUGUGCGCCGCCCCUCUGGAUCCCUUCGGCUCACUCCUGCCAGUUGCCGCGACAACCCUACCUGCUGCUAGUGCUGCUGGUUCUACAACCAUGCGUUAUGGCAUGGGGUGGUACGGGUUUGAGUCUGCUGCUGCCUCACCUGCUGGCAACACCCCCUCUGAUGCCGUCAACGCAUGGCUCUAUGAGAAACAAAACUAUGAUCCUUCCACCAAGGCUUGUUCAGCGUCUGACACGUGCGACAACUACCGCCAGAUCAUCGGCAGCACAACCACAGCCGUCGGAUGUGGCAUGAUAAACUGCCCAGAGGCCAAAGCAGCAGUACCGACCUCCCUGUACAUUCUCCUCUGUUACUUCGACCCCCCUGGCUACACCUCAACCGUUCGUCGCCGCUUCUGAUCAUCCAGUUUGUUGAUAAUUAUUUUGUGUCUGUUAUGGUAUGGCGGUCUUGCUGUUCUGGUGGUUGUAAUUUGUAAAAUCUGCCUCAAUUCGUUCAUUGCUGUCUCUGUAUUUAUUUAUUGUUUCUCGAGAAACCUGUACAUAGCUCUGUAUAACGCAUACCCUUGUCCCGUCCUCUUCACAUGGAAUAUACACAUAGUGUAUGC